ACGGGACUGAUCAACAGACAACAGCCAAGAUGGCACGAACGCGUAGGCUGCACUGCCAUGUGGCCAUCCCCUUCCCCUCACUCAUCUACCGUCCCUCGGUGACUCAGUUCAUCGGCGUCUGGAGAUCCUCAGCCAAGCUCUCCGAUCUUCGCCGGCGCCAUCCUCCCCUGUACCAUUUCUCCUCAAAAACUUCCCUGGACGGUAUCUCAGUUUGUGUGUUUGCAACUUUGCAUCCAGGGAGAUUUUGUUUGACGAGGAAGAAGCAACAGAAGGGAUCAGGCCCUGGGAACCCACCAUCAGAGCAUUAAGAUUACUUGUUGCUGCCAUCACAGUUCUGAAGAGGAGGAAAAAACGAGAGAGAUGGGCAGGGCUGGUUUCAGAAGGAAAUACAUGUCAAGAAAAUCAGGGAACGGAGCAACAACCGCAAUGCACAGGCCGACAAGGAGCCACGGCACCGGGCAUCACCCAUCAGGAUCGUGAGGCUGUACCCUCACCUUACCCCGGAGCAGCGCAAGAUGAUAGAGGACGCCGGCUUUGGAGGCCUCCUGAAAAUCGGCUUCCCGACAUUCCCUUUGGGGUUCUGCGGUUGGCUCCUCCGGCGAUUCGACACCGACUACUGCGAGCUGGUGAUCAAGGGCCGGGGAAGGAUCCCGGUCACCAGCGACAGCGUGCUGGGCCCGAACGGCGGGGGUGAUGUCAAGUACUGCUUGGAUGAGGAUGCCAUUGCCUUCAUGUUCGACAGGUUCGGUGUUUCAGGCAGGUACUCGCCAACCGUCAAAAGCAUAGAAAAUUCCCUCAAGCACAUGAAGUCCGCGGACGAGCAUUUCCUCCGGACGUUCAUGGUGCUUGCGGUCUCAAGCUUCCUUUGCCCGACUACUAGUCUAAGAAUCAGCCCACGUUGCUUCCUGGCAUUGGUGGACAUUGGGUCGAUCAGGGAGCUGAAUUGGUGCGAGUUUGUUGUGGAGCAGCUCAGGAAGUCUAUAAGCGCAUAUGGCAGAAAGAGCAGUGUGUCGGGCUGCCUUUUCUACCUUGUGAAUCUAUAUCUAGAUUCACUUGAUACCCGUGACAUACAAAUUCCCGAUGGAGCACCACGGAUUUCUGCAUGGAACAAAAAGCUUGUAAACAAAGUAAUUGAGAUGGACAUGAAGGACAAUGGCUCUUUCGGGAAAUGCCUUGCAAGUUUUCGUAUACCACUAUGGCAACCAUUUAUUCCUCUGAAAUGGCAGCGUAUUUGUAUCUCUUAUGAACUUACAAUCCUAUUCUGUAUUUGCUUCCAACGUUACAUGCAGUUGAAAAGGAGAGCUCCUGAUAACAUCAAAUCUAGGGGAGCAUCAAGCACAUCUGCCAUCCUCGGAGGGAUCCCCGAAAUAGCAGAUUUUGUGUCAACAAAUGUCGCGGCCGGGUACAGUGCACAGGUAACAAUGUCAUUUAUCCGCAUCAUAGUUUCCUCGGAACUCUGUAACUGAGUUUGUGCUUUUGCACAUGUUUUGGACUGUAGAAGAAAUAGGUGUUAUGCAAUGCAGUAGGCAAGCUUUGUGCAACUAUCACAAACGCUCUCUCAAAGUUCAUGCAUGAGGUCUCUGCACUCGAAGGCAGCAGUGAAGAAGCCGGCAGAGAUCAUAGUCCUGGCCCUGUAGAAAAUAACGAUGUUAACAAUGUGGAGGAGAAUGACAACCAAGAGGAGGAAAACAUGCUCCCAGAAGAUAGUUCUGAGUUGCCAACUGAGGAUACGAAAGACACAUCGGGAGAUGAAAGCUCCGUGGAUGGAGGUAGCACGGACAACGGCUCUGAGGAUGAUCCUGACUGGGAUCAAGACGACUUCAAUAGCAGCAAGCAGAAAUGUGUUAGAACUGAGCCUGGAGAUGGAGCGACAAGAUCUGAAAAAGGUAGAGUCAGAGGUUCAGGACAUUAUUCAGACACUCAAAAGGGAAAUCAAGAAGAGCAUGCAAAUCUUAUGAAGCGUACUUUGGCCUGUGUCGAUGGGGGUACGUCGUCGCAAGCAAGGAGCGCACGCCAAAAAACCGGCGGAAAAAGCGACGUCGUUGUGGAGAAGACAACAGUUCAGACCCCCGGCAGCCUGCUGCAUGGCGGUGAAAGAUCGUGAAGUUCUGGCCCGAGACUUGAUGAUGGGAGACCCUUGAAGGUAGAGGAGAUGGACAAGACGCCUGUCAUUGAUUUGUGUACUCCGACGAGCUCAGAAAGCGACUGUGUUGUCCUUAAGACUGCAGAAAACCCUUCUUCUGUUGAUGCACUUGAUGGCCCCGAACGGGCCUCAUGACUCGCAACACAGUAGCUCAAAUGGUCCUGAAGCACGUGUUCUUAGAGAUCGAGGCCGCCGUUGGUUUGUCAGUUAAGGUUCAGUUGGGUCACUUCAUGUGUUGUAAAAAUUCAGAAUAAGUUGACCUGUUAUUGACUGCAUACUUCUCUUUGUCGAUGCCAAGCAUUUGCAAA